GGCGCUCCAUCCGAAGCGCGUUACUCUCGUUUGCUCUGGGAGGGUGACAUUGGGAGGUUCUGUCUUCUUCCUGUGCACUGACGGGAGGUCACUCUUCGCUUUUGGACAGCUAGGCCUCUCAUCCAGCUCGGCAUGGCUCAGGCGGCUCAGAAACUCGUGAAGGCGGUCACAACUAAAACGCCUGAGCUCAUAAGUGCUGCUGUCAGCUACUCACGGCCACGACUUGCAACUUUCUGGCACUAUGCACGCGUGGAGCUGACUCCUCCAAGUCCUGCAGAGGUUCCAAAAGCCAUUGAGGGCAUAAAAGGAUUGGUAAAGUCAUUCCAGAGGGGUCGCGUAUCUGAACUUACUGUCAGGGACGCUCUUAGAAAUGGUCUGGUUGCAACUGAGGUUCUAUUUUGGUUCUACAUCGGAGAAUGCAUUGGAAAAGGUGGCCUGAUUGGAUACAAUGUCUGAGGCUUUCUUCCACUGUACAGUUUAAAAUCCUUUCAUUCUGACUUUUGUGAAAUCAUAGACUCCGUAAAUUAAAUGGAAUUAAAC